AUGACUGUGCCAACAAUUUGGGAUGUAGCUCUAAAAAUACAAAAACGAAGUGUCACACAUCUUAAGAAGUUUCUGUUGACUUGGAGUUUUAAAAGGGUUUCAACAAAUCUCUUGACCUUCCCCCCAGGUCCCGGUACACUCAAUCCCACACCGCCGGACCCGAAAGCUACCACUAACAAAACUUUCCUGCCUUUAUUUAAAAAUGCGACGGGUAAAACGCUUCCGUCGGUACGCCCCGCACGUCGAGCGCCCGCAUCCUCCAGCGCAGGUCGGCGGGCAGCCCGGCCGGGGCAGAGCUCCCGGUGCGCGGGCGGCUCCGCGGUACCGGCCGGCGAUUCUCACCAAGCCCUGCGCAGCGCCUGCUCCUGGCGGCGCCUGACGAGCGCCGAGGCCGCAGCGCUCCCGCACGGCGCGGGGCCUGGCCCUGCAAGGCUGCACGCCCUGCCGAGAGCGAGCCUGGAGCGGGGGAGAAAGGCGGUCGCGCCCCGAGGGCCGAGAACAUGCCCGCAGGCGGCCGCCGGCGGGGGCAGGAGCGCCCUGCGGGCGUGCGGGGUGCACAACGUCUGCCGCCUCCUCACCCGCAGGGCCCACGGCUUCUACGCCAGAGAUGCUGGUGUCGCCCUCAGGAAGAACCUGGGACUCCUCCGAAAGAUCAUGUGCCAGCCAGGUCAAGCCCCUUCUCUGAAGUCCCCCCUUCAGCACCAGUUGUACUUUGUCCACGAGAAUACUAAUGAUCAGCAAUCAUUUUCUUCUAGCAUUGCACAACAGCCAAGACUGAUUUAUCAAAAGUCAAAGUGUGCCAAGUCUGAAAAAAUAGAAGAUGCUUUAUUAUUGGAAUGCCCACUGGGGGAAAUGCUCCCAAGUCCAUCAGAUUAUAAAGCUUCCCUGAUAGUCUUGACAGUGCAGAACUGGCUUCUACGUCUCUCUGCUGAUAGUGGAGAAGUACUGGAAAAAGUGUAUCUUGCUGGUUCCUGUUGCAAAUUCUUCAGGUAUCUGAGCUGGGAUACUCCUCAAGAGGUAAUGAUUGUGAAGUCAGCUCAGAAUAAGCUCCCUGCAGCAGCACGGCAGGCAGGAAUCCAACAGACAGUAUUGUUUUAUCUUGCUGUAUUCCAAGUUUUGCCUCUUUCAUUCAUUGGAAUGCUGGAAAUAAACAAAAAGAUUUUUGGUAACAGUGUGACAGAUGUUGCUGUUUCUAAUGGAAUCCUGAUUGUAAUGUAUAGCAUGGGUCUGGUCAGACUUUAUAACUUCAAGGCCAUUUUGGAACAGUUCAUGGAACAACCAGUUGAUUUGGGACAAGAAUUCAACUGGAAUGGUCAGGUUGGAGUUGUAGGAAAGUUUCCAUUUGGUCUUCCAUGUAACAUUAAAAUAACAGAUACUCCUCCUUUGCUAUUUGAAGCAUCUUCUCUGGAGAAUGCCUUUCAAAUUGGAGGUUACCCUUGGCAUUAUAUCAUCACACCUAACAAGAAAAAACAUAAAGGAAUCUUCCAUAUUUGUUCUCUGAAAGACAAUGCUUUGGCAAAAAAUGGCAUACAGGAGAUGAAAUGCUGUUCACUUGAACCUGACUGGAUAUAUUUCCAUCCAGAUAUGUCAGGUAGAAUAAUCCACGUGGGACCAAAUUUGAUAAAAGUCUUAAAGCUUAAGGAAGUUAAAAAUCAUGCAGAUCAAAUGGAGAUUGCAGAAGAUUUUACGAUUGUAGCCAACAGAGAAAACUGUGUGAACAACAGUGUUACUGUAACAGCUUCUGGCCGAGUGGUGAAAAAGCGUUUUACCUUGCUGGAUGAUGACCCAGAACAAGAGACAUUCAAAAUUGUGGACUAUGAAGAUGAAUUGGAUUUAUUAUCCACUGUGGCAGUUACUCAGAUAGGAGCUGAUGGAAGAGCUCACCUUGACUUUCAUUGCAAUGAACAUGGGAUUCUACUUAAGAGUAUUCCAUUAAAGGAGUCCUGGGAUGUGACUUACAGCCAUGAAGUUUACUUUGACAAAGACCUUGUAUUACAUAUAGAACAGAAGCCUAACAGGAGAUUCAGUUGUUAUGUUUACCAAAUGGUAUGUGAUACUGCAAAAGAUGAUGAUUCUUAAUGUUAUUAAAAAACCAGAAAGUGUUAAGUAAAAAAAGGAGGGAGAAUUUUUGUAUAUAUUUAAGCCAUAAACACCAGCGACAGAGUCUUUUGGAUGCUAUUUAAGGAUACUGCAAAAGAUGAUGAUUCUUAGUGCUAUAAAAUAAACUCAGAAAGUGUUUAGUAAAAAAAUGAGGGAGAAUUUUUGUAUAUAUUUAAGCCAUAAACACCAGCUACAGAGACUUUUAGAUGCUAUUUAAGGACUCCAUACAUAGUAGUCAACUACUGUUUUUCUGGCUGCAUUUAAUCUUAACAUUUUUUACUACUACAUAAGGUCUUGUUUCUUUUUUUCUUUGUGACACUGUAUGCUUGCCUGUAGUUCAUGGCUUUUCAUGUAUUCACCAGUUCACCAUUAAUGCUAGAUGCAGCAUUUAUUGAUUCUCUUCAGCAAUAGGAUUGAAAUACUGGACAUCAAGAAGAAAGACAUGGACUUACUUAUUAUCUACCAUCUGCUGUGCUCUGUCUUCUAUAGUUUUACCUAUGCAACUCUAAUGAUGCCUUGAGAGGCUACUGAGAACAGAGGCUAGGCAGUGUUAAAGGAAUAUAGUAGGUAUUUAUUAAAAGGCCUUCAAAGAACACAGCUUGGGAUGUACAAGAGCCCAGCCAUCGCUCCACCCAAGAUGGAUGAUGGGUCACGUUUUCACACUUUUAUAAGUUUUGGUCCAUUUACAUACGGGAGUGAAUGGUCCAACUACAGCUUUAGGUUAUAGAGUCUCAUCCUCUCAGAUUGCUCUUCUCAGUUCGCUGUUGUUUAUACUUCUUGGGCCUGAAGCUGUAGUGGUGUCCUUGGUUCUCGGGCUGGAAAAAGAUUGUUUUUUCUAACUGAACUAUGAGGAGAACUUGCUAACACUUUAUAU